ACGUGAAGGACAGAGAAAGUGUGCACAAGUUGACAAAUGGGUCAUUCCUCCCACUAUGCAGUGCCUUUCGGACAUCAGAUAAGUCCGUGGAUCAGUAUGUUUCUCCGCGAUUGUAUCGUUGGGCCAGCUGAACACAGGCUACUGCAAUGACUCGUGGAAGAAGAACAGCUGCUCCAUGAAAACUCCUAAUAAAACGGGCAGAACCAGAAACUCAGUGACAACACUGCAGUUGCCAUUUUCCAUUGGGAAAAGAAAUGGCCCUCUAUUUACCAGAAAAGGUAGUUCAUCCAGCAUUGCAGAAGAGGAAGAUCCAGACACAUCCACCAUAGCAGACGUUGAAGUUCCAGGCUUCUCGGCCGCUGAAGAAUGUGGGAGGCUGCUGUCUCCAUAGUUGCAGAAUGUUCUCACUGAAGUGCAUCUUGAGGAAACAUAAGCAUAGUUGAAGGUUAUACAGGAGAAUCAGCUGUAUACCCGCAACAGAUAUUCAGCAUCACAGCUGUCUGAUAAAGUACUUAUGGAAACAGGACUUCCAGAAAAAGACAUGUUCAAUAUCGGGUUUUUUUAACCCCUUUUUCCCCCCAAUUUCAUGGUGUCCAAUUGUUGUAGUAGCUACUAUCUUGUCUCACCGUACGGGCUCGGGAGAGACGAAGGUUGAAAGUCAUGCGUCCUCCGAUACACAACCCAACCUAGCCGCACUGCUUCUUAACACAGCGCGCAUCCAACCCGGAAGCCAGCCGCACCAAUGUGUCGGAGGAAACACAGUGCACCUGGCAACCUUGGUUAGCGCGCACUGCGCCCGACCCGCCACUGGAGUCACUGGUGCGCGAUGAGACAAGGACAUCCCUACCGACCAAGCCCUCCCUAACCCGGACGACGCUAGGCCAAUUGUGCGUCACCCCAUGGACCUCCCAGUCGCGGCCGGUUACGACAGAGCCUGAUGGCACUGCGCCACCCGGGAGGCCACUCAUUAUCAUUCUUGAAUAUUUGGAACGUUACAAGGACUGCGUUGCCUACUUUGCCAAGUGGAGGGUUGAGGUGCUGUCACUUGAGGAUCAAGUGUUUAUGGCACUUAUGAAGCUGUGUCACAGCUACACCAACUUGCACCUUCUCAACUAUUCCAUUAUAGUGCAAGCACUGUCAGAAAUAUUAGCAUCACUUUCAUUCACGUGAUCCACAAGCAUUUUUUCAUUAGCAUCAUGAAGACUGUUCCAUGUCAGGAGAUUAACCAAAUGUUCUUGACUGCAUCUUUUCAUGGGCCCAGCAGAAACUGCAGGAUGGUCAUUGACUGUACUGACAUAGAUGUUUCUACUCCAAGUCAGAUGGAUCUGCAGAAGCAAUCCUACUCUAUGUAUCGUUCAAUGCACUCCUUCACGCUACCCCUCAGAGUUGCAACUAAUGUGGUUGUAACAUACUGCAGCGAUCUGUAUCCAGGAUCUGUGUCGGACAAAGCCAUUGUCCAGAAGUAGGGGUUUGAGAAGAUCACGUUUGGAUACAUGGUAUCACAGACAAAGGCUUAUUGAUCCAGAGCUUGAUGUCUGCACGAGUCACUGUGAACAUUUCUCCAUUUACAAGCGUUGUGAUAGUAAUGUGCCGGUGCAGACUUGCUGUGCACUUUAAACCUGCAAGACCCACUCAUCAGUGAAGUAGCUGUUGAUUGGAAAACAAGAACAAACAAUUGCCCAAGAUGGAUUUGUGUUCUGAUAAAGAUGACAUUUUCUGUCCAUAUAAAGAUGAUGAUACGGCAUUGGAAAAAAACACCACUAAUCCAAAUGUCUCUUUGCUUUUCAGUCCAACAGGAGUCCCUCAGGCCAUCCGGGGCAUGGACAUCCUGUGCCAGUGUGAUCUGAGCACAAGCAUCCAGUUGUGAAACUACAGCACAUCGAGCCUGAGUUUUAGACAUGGGGUGUGACAUGCGGAACAUCAGGCUCACCCCACGAGAAGCAGUGCAUGAUCAACAACACCCUCAGCAAGGAGAUAUGAUGGAAGUGAUGGCUAUCAUUAGAUGCUUGCUCUCUCUCUCUCUCUCUCUCUCAUAACUUUAGUUGUCCGCUUUGAGCAAAACUUGUAUGUAAUAUGACCUAUUCUAGGACCCUAUUGUUUGUGUAUGAUCUUUAUUCAUUGUUCACUUGUUUUUCAACAAUGUAAUGUACAGGCAGGGAUAACUGGGGCUUUCAGCAAGUAAGGGGUAAGAAAUUAUAUACAUAUAAUUCCCACUGCGCCCAUGAUGAAGUUAACUACAUUACUUUAGUUGGCUGCUUUGCGCAAAACAUGUAUCUAAUAUAACCUAUUCUGGGAGCCUAGUGUGUGUGCGUGUGUGUAUGAACUAUGGAGUAUUUUUGGACCAUUGGCUUCCCUGGAAACAAGUACUGCCAGGAGGCAUGAUGAGAACGCUGAUCCAUUGCCAGUGAAUGGAAUGAUUAACUAAUAAUAUUUCUAAUAAUUUUUUUUUUCUAAUAAUUUCUAAUUUGAACUGAGAAUAGGUCUCUGAUCAAACUGAUGAACGGUAGAUGACAGUGUCAGCUAGAUGUCUCCAACAAGCUAGAAUGCCCCUCUCCCCACCAGUGUGAUUACUACCGCUGAGGGUUUAGAGCUUGAGGUAGUCACCUCAUACAAGUACUUGGGAGUAUGGCUAGACGACACACUGUCCUUCUCUCAACACAUAUCAAAGCUGCAGGCUAAGGUUAAAUCUAGACUUGGCUUCCUCUAAGGUAAUUGCUCUUCUUUCACCCCAGCUGCCAAACUAAUCCUGAUUCAGAUGACCAUCCUACCCAUGCUAGUGUAACAGUAUAAUUUUAAACCGUCCCCUCGCCCAUACCCGGGCGCGAACCAGGGACCUUCUGCACACAACGACAACAGUCACCCUCGAAGCAUCGUUACCCAUCGCUCCACAAAAGCUGCGGCCCUUGCAGAGCAAGGGGAACUACUACUUCAAGGUCUCAGAGCAAGUGACGUAACCGAUUGAAACGCUAUUUAGCGCACACCGCUAACUAAGCUAGCCGUUUCACAUCCGUUACACUCACCCCCCUUUUGACCUUCCUCCUUUUUCCGCAGUAACCAGUAAUCUGGGUCAACAGCAUCAAUGUAACAGUAUAACUUUAAACCGUCCCCUCGCCCAUACCCGGGCGCGAACCAGGGACCUUCUGCACACAUCAACAACAGUCACCCUCGAAGCAUCGUUACCCAUCGCUCCACAAAAGCCACGGCUCUUGCAGAGCAAGGGGAACUACUACUUCAAGGUCUCAGAGCAAGUGACGUAACUGAUUGAAACGCUAUUUAGCGCACACCGCUAACUAAGCUAGCCGUUUCACAUCCGUUACACUAGAUUACAGAGACGUCAUUUAUAGUUUGGCAGGUAAAGAUGCUCUCGAGCGGCAAGAUGUUCUUUAGAUGUGCUAGAUGUGUCUCCUGACCCCUCCUGUCUCAGCCUCCAGUAUUUAUGCUGCAGUAGUUUAUGUGUCGGGGGGCUAGGGUCCGUUUGUUAUAUCUGGAGUACUUCUCCUGUCCUAUCCGGUGUCCUGUGUGAAUUUAAGUAUGCUCUCUCUAAUUCUCUCUUUCUUUCUUGCUCUCUCUUGGAGGACCUGAGCCAUAGGACCAUGCCUCAGGACUACCUGACAUGAUGACUCCUUGCUGUCCCCAGUCCACCUGGCCGUGCAGCUGCUCCAGUUUCAACUGUUCUGCCUAAUAGUCGCACAUUUACCUUUGACCCAAAAGAGGAGGACCUACGAAGUAGGCUGUGUCAGGGUCUGCUGACUGUGCUGGGGAGGCAGGUUGGGUCCUGCUGCCAGAGCACCUGCCUGGAGACCCUUCGCAUCCUGUCCCGGGACAAGCGGGUCCUGGGCCCUGUGGGCACCCGGGAGGGCAUGCUGGUCCUGGCCGGGCUGGCUCGGCUGCAGGCGGGAGAGGAGGGAGGUGACAGUCUGCAAGAGGAUGCCCAGACAGAGGAGGAAGAGAGGGUGGUGGUGGAGGCCCUUAAGUGCCUGUGUAACGUGGUGUUUAACAGCGUGGCGGCACAGCAGGUGGGUGCCGACGUGCAGCUGGCACGUGGUCUGUGUGCCCGCCUGCACGCCGCCCGUGCUGGGUGUCACGAGGUGGGCCUGUUCUCCCUGCGCCUGCUCUUCCUGCUCUCGGCUCUGCGGCCAGACGUUCGGGGGGGGCUCCAGAGGGAGCUGCAUGCCGUGGGCCUCCUCACAGAGGUGCUGGAGCGUACCCUGGACCUACGCUGGGUGGGCCCCUACGAGGUGGCCCAUCCAGGCCUCCAGGCCUUGCCUAUCCCUGCUGAAGACAACGAGAGGGCCAUGGAGGCCCUGAAAGCCUUGUUCAACCUUACGCUGUCUGACACUAGCGAUGAGGGUGGUGACCACCAGCUCCGCCUUGUCACCGCCAUCAUGCGCCAUCUAUUGAUGCUUAAGACUCAGGCAGAGGACAAAACAGAGGAAGCACACAGCCAUGCCAUCAACCUGCUGAGUAACCUGCCAGUGUCAUGUCUGGAUGUGCUGAUUGACUUGCCGGUCCAGGGGGGCCAGGAGGAGUACAGCGGGAAGAACAUGGACGCUGUGCAGGUGCUACUGGACUUUAUGGAGAAGAGGAUAGACAAGCAGGGUGCCAACUACAAAGAGGGGCUGACCCCAGUGCUCAGCCUGCUGACCGAGGGUUCCAGGUACCACAGGGAGAUCCGCAGAUACAUCAAGACACAGGUGCUGCCCCCGCUGAAGGAGGUCAAGGUCAGGCCGGAGAUAGGGUCCACCGUUAGGAACAAGCUGGUGCGCCUCAUGACCCACGUGGACAUGGGCGUGAAGCAGAGCGCUGCAGAGUUCCUCUUCGUCCUCUGCAAAGAGAGUGUGGACCACCUGUUGAAGUACACUGGGUAUGGUAAUGCAGCAGGACUCCUGGUGGCUCGAGGCCUGCUGGCAGGGGGGCGAGGAGAGACUCUGUACUCAGACGACGAAGACUCGGACACCGAAGAGUACAAAUCGGCUAAACCUUUCAUCAACCCCAUCACGGGUCACGUGGAGGAGCCCAUGCCUAACCCCAUCGAAGACAUGACUGAGGAGCAGAAAGAGUACGAGGCCCAGAAAUUGGUCAACAUGUUUGACAAGUUGUCAAGGCAGCAGCUGAUCAGACCAAUGGGGGUGAGGAGGGACGGCACACUGGCACCCCUAGAGGAGGCUCUUAGACAGCCCACGGCUGACAGCUCAGACUCCGACUAGAGCCACUACGACACAGAUCAGACCACCCUACACAGUGCCCUCAGAAAGUAUUCAUACCCUUUUACUUAUUCAACAUUUAGUUGUUACAGCCUGAAUUCAAAAUGGAUUGAAUAUCAUUUAUUUUUCAACCAGCUACACACAAAACCUCAUAAUGACAAAGUGAAAUAAAGGUUCUUAACAUUUUUGCAAAUUUAUUGAAAAUACAGAAAUAUCUCAUUUACAUAAGUAUUCACACCCCGGAGUCAAUAGAUGUUAUAAUCACCUUUGGCAGCAAUUACAGCUGUCUCUAAGAGCUUUGCAACCUGGAUUGUGCAACAUUGUCCCAUUAUCCUUUUCAAAAUGGUUCAAGCUCAGUCAAAUUGGUUGUUGAUCAUUACUAAACAAUUUUCAAGUCAUGCCACCAUAGAUUUUCAAGCAGCUUUAAGUCAAAACUGUAACUCUGCUACUCAGGAACAUUCACUGUCUUCUUGGUAAGCAACUCCAGUGUAGAUUUUGCCUUGUGUUUUAGGUUAUUGUGGAAAGCAGACUGAACCAGGUUUUUCUCUAGGAUUUUGCUUGUGCUUAGUGCCAUUCUGUUUCUUUUUAUCAUGAACAACUCCCCAGUCCUUAACGAUUACAAACAUACCCAUAACAUGAUGCAGCCACCACUCUGCUUGAAAAUAUGGAGUGUUACUCAGUAAUGUGUUGUAUUGGAUUUGCCCCAGAUAAACCGUUAAUUGCUUUGCCAAAUUUGUUUGCAGUUAUACUUUAGUGCCUUGUUAAGCACAUUUGACUUCUGAACUGGUGAAGGCUUGCCAUAACAUAGGGGUUGAAUACUUAUUGACUCAAGACAUUUCAGCUUUUCAUAUUUAUUUAAUUUCUAAGAAUUCAGGAAAACAUAAUUCCACUUUGACAUUAUGGAGUAUUUUAUGUAUGCCAUUGACCAAAAAAAUCUAAAUGUAAUCCAUUUUAAAUUCAGACUCUAACAAAGAAAAAGUGGUGUGAAUACUUUCUGAAGGCACUGUACCUACAGUAGGUUGUGUCCAGCACAGAGGUUCCCUCCCUCCCCUCACUUGCUGUCUGUCUUCCUCUGUCUGUCAGAGACUGAAGGGGUCUCACCCUUUCUCCAUAGGCUGUUCUGUUCUCUAAAGCUGACUUGAGCCUGACUUGAUACAACAAAAAAGCAGAUUUUUAAGCCUGACUUGAUACGACACAGGAAAAGAUAGGGUUACGGUUGAGCACAUCCUCCCGACCACAGCAUUGUUACUACUUUAAUGUUUAGUUUUAAUUUUUUUAAUGAACCAUUUCUCCGCUCAUGCCUCUCAAAUUUGAUAGAAUGAAAGAUAGUUCUUAAUCAAAUUGCUGUAUAGAUGUGAAUCACUAAAAGCAUGGUUGACAGGGUGGGGUUUGGCCAAAUUGUAAUUGAAUUUGGAUAGGAAAUCAUUCCUUAGAUAUAUAAAUAUGUUGAUUUUGUUCUUUAUAUGUUGAACGUGUGACUAUUUAUUAGGAUGGGUGCUCACAGAAUAAGUCGUAAAAGAAUGUGUGCGUGUGUGUGUAUAUACAGUACCAGUCAAAAGUUUGGACACACCUACUCAUUCAAGGGUUUUACUUUAUUUUUUACUAUUUUCUAGAUUGUUUAAUAAUAGUGAAGACAUAACUAUGAAAUAACACAUAUGGAAUCACGUAGUAACAAAAAGUUCUCAAAUAUAUUUGAGAUUCUUCAAAAUAGCCAUCCUUUGCUUUGACUAAGGCUUUGCAAACUCUUGGAAUUCUCUCAACCAGAUUCACCUGGAAUGCUUUUCCAACAUUCUUGAAGGAGUUCCCACAUAUGCUGAGUACUUGUUGGCUGCUUUUCCUUCACUCUGCAGUCCAACUCAUCCCAAACCAUCUCAGUUGGGUUGAGGUCGGGUGAUUACGACAUGAUUCCAUAUGUGUUAUUUCAUAGUUUUGAGGUCUUCACUAUUGUUCUACAAUGUAGAAAAUAGUAAAAACCCUUGAAUGAGUAAGUGUGUCCAAACUUUUGACUGGUAGUGUCUUUUUGUGUGUAUGUGUAUACAUACACUACAGUUCAAAAGUUUGGGGUCACUUAGAAAUGUCCUUGUUUUUGAAGGAAAAGCACAUUCUUGUCCAUUAAAAUAACAUCAAAUUGAUCAGAAAUACAGUGUAGACAUUGUUAAUGUUGUAAAUGACUGUUGUAGCUGGAAACAGCUGAGUUUUAAUGGAAUAUCUACAUAGGCGUACAGAGGCCCAUUAUCAGCAAUCAUCACUCCUGUGUUCCAAUGGCACGUUGUGUUAGCUUUAUAACGUUGAGUCUGGUGUUUUGCGGGUACUUAAUGAAGCUGCCAGUUGAGGACUUGUGAGGCGUCUGUUUCUCAAACUACACUCUAAUGUACUUCUUCUCUUGCUCAGUUGUGCACUGUGCCCUUCCACUACUCUUUCUAUUCUAGUUAGAGCCAGUUAGCGCUGUUCUGUGAAGGGAGUAGUACAUAGCGUUGUAUGAGAUCUUCAGUUUCUUGGCAAUUUCUCUCAUGGAAUAGCCAUCAUUUCUCAGAACAAGAAUAGACUGACGAGUUUCAGAAGAAGGUCUUUGUUUCUGGAAAUGUUGAUCCUGUAAUCGGACCCAUAAAUGCUGAUGCUCCAGAUACUCAACUAGUCUAAAGAAGGCACGUUGUUUUGCUUCUUUAAUCCGGACAACAGUUUUCAGCUGUGCUAACAUAAUUGCAAAAGGCUUUUAAAAUUAUAAACUUGGAUUAGCUAACACAAUGUACCAUUGGAAUACAGGAGUAAUGAUUGCUGACAAUGGGCCUCUAUAUGCCUUCCAUAAAAAAUCUGCCAUUUCCAGCUACAAUAGACACUUACAACAUUAACAAUGUCUACAGUAUAUUUCUUAUCAAUUUGAUGUUAUAAUAAAUGCUUUUCUUUCAAAAACAAGGACAUUUCGAAGUGACCCCAAACUUUUGAACGGUGGUGUGUGUGUAUAUAUACAGUGGGGCAAAAAAGUAUUUAGUCAGUGCAAGUUCUCCCACUUAAAAAUAUGAGAGAGGCCUGUAAUUGUCAUCAUAUGUACACUUGGAAAAAAUCCAGAAAAUCACAUUGUAAGAUUUUUAAUGAAUUUAUUUGAAAAUUAUGGUGGAAAAUAAGUAUUUGGUCAAUAACAAAAGUUUAUCUCAAUACUUUGUUAUAUACCCUUUGUUGGCAAUGACAGAGGUCAAAUGUUUUCUAUAAGUCUUCACAAGGUUUUCACACACUGUUGCUGGUAUUUUGGCCCAUUCCUCCAUGCAGAUCUCCUCUAGAGCAAGUGAUGUUUUGGGGCUGUUGCUGGGCAACACGGACUUUCAACUCCCUCCAAAGAUGUUCUAUGGGGUUGAGAUCUGGAGACUGGCUAGGCCACUCAAGGACCUUGAAAUGCUUCUUACGAAGCCACUCCUUCGUUGCCCGGGCGGUGUGUUUGGAAUAAUUUUCAUGCUGAAAGACCCAGCCACGUUUCAUCUUCAAUGCCCUUGCUGAUGGAAGGAGGUUUUCACUCAAAAUCUCACAAUACAUGGCCCCAUUUAUUAUUUCCUUUACACAGAUCAGUCGUCCUGGACCCUUUGCAGAAAAGCAGCCCCAAAGCAUGAUGUUUCCACCCCCAUGCUUCACAGUAGGUAUGGUGUUCUUUGGAUGCAACUCAGAAUUCUUUAUCCUCCAAACACGACAAGUUGAGUUUUUACCAAAACGUUAUAUUUUGGUUUCAUCUGACCAUAUGACAUUCUCCCAAUCUUCUGCUGGAUCAUCCAAAUGCUCUCUAGCAAACUUCAGACGGGCCUGGACAUGUACUGGCUUAAGCAGGGGGACACGUCUGGCACUGCAGGAUUUGAGUCCCUGGCGGCGUAGUGUGUUACUGAUGGUAGGCUUUGUUACUUUGGUCCCAGCUCUCUGCAGGUCAUUCACUAGGUCCCACAGUUGAUUGCUCCCACAGUUGAUUUCUUCAAACCAAGCUGCUUACCUAUUGCAGAUUCAGUCUUCCCAGCCUGGUGCAGGUCUACAAUUUUGUUUCUGGUGUCCUUUGACAGCUCUUUGGUCUUGACCAUAGUGGAGUUUGGAGUGUGGCUGUUUGAGGUUGUGGACAGGUGUCUUUUAUACUGAUAACAAGUUCAAACAGGUGCCAUUAAUACAGGUAACGAGUGGAGGACAGAGGAGCCUCUUAAAGAAGAAGUUACAGGUCUGUGAGAGCCAGAAAUCUUGCUUGUUUGUAGGUGACCAAAUGCUUAUUUUCCACCAUAAUUUGCAAAUAAAUUCAUAAAAAAUCCUACAAUGUGAAUUUCUGGAUUUUUUUUCUUUCUAAUUGUGUCUGCCAUAGUGUACCUAUGAUGAAAAUUACAGGCCUCAUCUUUCUAAGUGGGAGAACUUGCACAAUUGGUGGCUGACUACAUACUUUUUUGCCCCACUGUAUAUGCAUACAUACAUAUAUAUAUCUGCAAAAAAAGAAAUGUCCUCACUGUCAACUGCGUUUAUUUUCAGCAAACUUAACAUGUGUAAAUAUUUGUAUGAACGUAAGAUUCAACAACUGAGACAAACUGAACAACUUCCACAGACAUGUGACUAACAAAAAUUGAAUAAUGUGUCCCUGAACAAAGGGGGGGGGGGUCAAAAUCAAAAGUAACAGUCAGUAUCUGGUGUGGCCACCAGCUGCAUUAAGUACUGCACUGCAUCUCCUCCUCAUUGACUGCACAAUAUUUGCCCGUUCUUGCUCUGAGAUGUUAACCCACUCUUCCACCAAGGCACCUGCAAGUUCCAGGACAUUUCUGGAGGGAAUGGCCCUGGCCCUCACCCCCUGAUCCAACAGGUCCUAGGUGUGCUCAAUGGGAUUGAGAUCCGGGCUCUUUGCUGGCCACGGCAGAACACUGAAAUUCUUGUCUUGCGGGAAAUCACGCACAGAACGAGCAGUAUGGCUGGUGGCAUUGUCAUGCUGGAGGGUAUUGUCAGGAUGAGCCUGCAGGAAGGGUACCACAUGAGGGAGGAGGAUGUGUUCCCUGUAAUGCACUGCUUUGAGAUUGCCUGCAAUGACAAGAAGCUCAGUCCGAUGAUGCUGUGACACACCGCUCCAGAGUACAGGCCUCGGUGUUAACACUCAUUCCUUCGACGGUAAACGCGAUUCCGACCAUCACCCCUGGUGAGACAAAACCGUGACACGUCAGUGAAGAGCACUUUUUUUCCAGUCCUGUCUGGUCCAGCGACGUUGGGUUUGUGCCCAUAGGCGACGUUGUUGCCGGUGAUGUCUGGCGAGGACCUGCCUUACAACAGGCCUACAAGCCCUCAGUCCAGCCUCUCUCAGCCUAUUGCGGACAGUCUGAGCACUGAUGGAGGGAUUGUGUUCCUGGUGUAACUCGGGCAGUUGCUGUUGCCAUCCUGUACCUGUCCCGCAGGUGUGAUGGUCGGAUGUACCGAUCCUGUGCAGGUGUUGUUACACGUGGUCUGCCACGGUGAGGACGAUCAGCUGUCCGUCCUGUCUCCCUGUAGCUCUUUUGGUGUUUUUCAGAGUCAGUAGAAAGGUCUCUUUAGUGUCCUAAGUUUUCAUAACUGUGACCUUAAUACCCUACCAUCUGUAAGCUGUUAGUGUCGAAACGACACAUUAAUUGUGUAUGGUUCAUUGAACAAGCAUGGGAAACAGUGUUUAAACCCUUUACAAUGAAGAUAUGUGAAAUUAUUUAGAUUUUUCCAAAUUAUCUUAAAAAGACAGGGUCCUGAAAAGGGGACGUUUCUUGUUUUUGCUGAGUAUAUAUGUAUGUGUGUGUGUAUAUAUAUAUAUAUAUAUAUAUAUAUAUAUAUAUAUAUAUGUGUGUGUGUGUGUGUGUGUGUGUGUGUAUAUAUACAUACAUACGGAAAAUAUUCAGACCAGAUUUUCACAUUUUGUUACAUUACAGCCUUAUUCUAGAAUUCUUUUUAUUUUGUAUUCCCUCUUCAAUCUACACACAAUACCCCAUAAUGACAAAGCAAAAACAGGUUUUUAGAAAUGUUUGCAAAUGUAUAAAGAAAACGGAAAUAUCACAUUUACUAUUUACACAUUUAGUAUUCAGGCCCUUCACUCAGCACCUUUGGCAGUGAUUACAACGUUGAGUCUUCUUGGGUAUGACGCUACAAGCUUGGUACACCUGUAUUUGUGGAGUUUCUGCCAUUGUUCUCUGCAGAUCCUCUCAAGCUCUGUCAGGUUGGAUGUGGAGUGUUGCUACAUAGCUAUUUUCAGGUUUUUCCAAAGAUGUUCGAACGGGUUCAAGUCCGGGCUCUGGCUGGGCCACUCAAGGACAUUCAGAAACUUGUUCCAAAGCCACUCGUGCAUUGUCUUGGCUGUGUGCUUAGGGUUGUUGUCCUCUUGGAAGGUGAACCUUUGCUCCAGUCUGAAGUUCUGAGCCCUCUGGAGCAGGUUUUCAUGAAGGUUCUCUCUGUAAUUUGCUCCAGUCAUUUUUGCCUUGAUCCUGACUAGUCUCCCAGUCCCUUCCGCUGAAAAACAUCCCCACAGCAUGAUGCUGCCACCACCAUGCUUCACCGUAGGGAUGGUGCCAGGUUUCCUCCAGAUGUGACACUUGUUGGUAUUCAAGCCAAAGAGUUCUAUCUUGGUUUCAUCAGACCAGAGAAUCUUGUUUCUCAUGGUCUGAGGUGCUUUUUGGCAAACUCCAAGUGGGCUGUCAUGCCAUUUACUGAAAAGCGGCUUCCUUCUGGCCACUCUACCAUAAAGGCCAGAUUGGUGGAGUGCUGCAAUGAUUGUUGUCCUUCCGGAAGGUUCCACAGAGGAACUAUGGAGCUCUGUCAGAGUGACCAUCAGGUUCUUGGUCACCUCACUGACCAAGGCCCUUCUCCCCCGAUUGCUCAGUUUUGCCGGGAGGCCAGCUCUAGGAAGGGUCUUGGUGGUUCCAAACUUCUUCCAUUUAGGAAUGAUGGAGACCACUGUGUCCUUGGCUCUUCAAUGCUGCAGACAUUUUUCGGUACCCUUCCCCAGAUCUGUGCCUCAACACAAUCCUGUCUCGGAGCUCUACGGACAAUUCUUUCGACCUCAUCUGUUGUUUUUUUCUCUGACAUGCACUGUCAACUGUGGGACCUUAUAUAGACCGGUGUGUCUCCAUGUCUAAUCAGUUAAAUUUACAACAGGUGGACACCCAAGUCAUGGAAACAGGAUGCACCUGAGCUCAAUUUCGAGUCUCAUAGCAAAGGGUCUGAACUUAUGUAAAUAAGAUAUCUGUAUUUAAUUUACCAAAAUGUCUUAAAACAUGUUUUCACUUUGUCAUUAAGGGGUAUUUUGCGUAGAUAGGUGACAAUUGUAAAAGUUGUAUCCAUUUUGAAUUCCACAACAAAAUGUGGAAUAAGUCAAUGGGUAGGAAUACUUUCUGUAUACGGUGCAUUUGGAACGAGUUCAGCCUCUUCACUUUUUCCACAUUUUGUUACAUUACAGCCUUAUUCUAAAAUUGAUUGAUUACAUAUUUUUUAAAUCCUCAAUCUACACACAUUAUCCCGUAAUGAAAAGGGGAAAACAGGUUUUUAAAAUAUUUUUGCAAAUUUGAAGAUUUAAAAAACAGAAAUACCUUAUUUACAUAAGUAUUCACACCCCUGAGUCAAUACAUGUUACAAUCACUUUUGGCAGCAAUUACAGCUGUGAGUCUUUCAGUAUAAGUCUCUAAGAGCUUUGCACACCUGGAUUGUGUGCAAAUCACACAAAUUUGCACAUUAUUCUUCGAGCUCUGUCAAGUUGGUUGUUGAUAAUUGCUAGACAUACAUUUCCAACCCGUCUUAUGUCAAACUAACUAGGCCACUCAGGAACAUUCAAUGUCGUCUUGGUAAGCAACUCCAGUGUAUAUUUGGCCUUUGUGAUUUAGGUUAUUGUCCCGCUGAAAGGUGAAUUCAUCUCUGUCUUUUGGAAAGCAGACUUAACCAGGUUUUACAUUAGGAUUUUGCCUGUGCUUAGCUCCAUUCCAUCAUAUUUUUUUUAUCCUCUAAAACAUCCCAGUCCUUAACGAUUACAACCAUACCCAUAACAUGAUGUAGCAGGAUUUGCCCCAAACAACACUUUAUAUUCAGGACAAAAAGUGAAUUUCUUAGCCACAUGUUUUGAAGUAUUACUUUCGUGCCUUGUUGCAAACAGGAUGCAUGUUUUGGAAUAUUUUUAUCCUCUUCAGGCUUCCUUUUCACUCUGUCAAUUAGGUCACUACAAUGUUGUUGAUCCGUCCUCAGUUUUCUUCUAUCACAGCCAUUAAACUGUAACUGUUUUAAAGUCACCAUUUACCUCAUUGUGAAAUCCCUGAGUGGUUUCCUUCCUCUCCAGCGACAGAGUUAGGAUGAACGCCUGUAUCUUUGCAGUGACUGGGUGUAUUGAUACACCAUCCAAAGUGUAUUUAAUAACUUCACCAUGCACAAAGGGAUAUUCCAUAUCUGCUUUUCUUUUUUGUUACUCAUCUACCAAUAUGUGCCCUUCAUUGCGAGCCACUGGAAAACCUCCCUGGUCUUUGUGGUUGAAUAUGUGUUUGAAAUUCACUGCUCGACUGGGGGCCUCACAGAUAAUUGUAUGUGUGGGGUGCAGAGAUGAGGUAGUCAUUCAACAAUCAUAUUAAACACUAUUAUUGCACACAGAAUGCGUCCAUUCAAAUUAUGUGACUUGUUAAGCACAUUUUUACUCCUGAACUUACUUAGGCUUGCCAUAACAUAGGGGUUGAAGACUUAUUGACUCAAGACGUUUCAGCUUUAUUUUUUAAUUACAUUUCUAAAAUAUUCUAAAAACAUAAUUCCACUGACAAUAUGGGGUAUUGUGUGUGGUAGGCCAGUGACACAAAAUCUCAAUGUAAUCCAUUUUAAAUUCAGGCUGUAAUACAGCAAAGUGUGUGAAAAGGUCAAGGGGUAUGAAUACUUUCUGAAGGCACUGUAUAUUCCUCUAGUGGGCGAUAAGUAUUUGGAUGGUUUCUGCCUUACCCGUUGGGGACUGUUGACUAAAAUGACUUUUCUAAAUGUAACUUUCAUUAGCCGAUUCCGCAUGGCAUUAAAACGAUAGAAAAAAUAUAUAUUUUGGAGACGCAAUGUAUUUUAUAUAUGUGUAAUGUACUGAUGUAUAGAUACUGAUUACAUUGCUGCAUAUUGAAUAGAUGCAUAGGCCUUCUGUAUAGGUCGUGGAGUUUAUAAUAUUGUUGACCAUCACUCCAUUUGAAGAAAAUGGCAUGGUUGAGGUUUGGUUCUUUGGUUAGUACACAGCAGCACUGUCUCUAGUGUGUCCAUUAGAAUAUUAUUUCUGGCAAUCAUGGCAUGUGUGAAGGAGAGUAUUCCUUUAGCUCUGUACAUACAGUACCUGGUGCUAACAUGUAUCUUGUGUUCUGAUUUAAACUUGAACAGAUAGUGAUUGAUCACCUUGAUUAGAUCACGACAACCACAUGUUCUGCAGUUGGGCACCAGAUUGCUGUAUCAUAAGAUAUGUGGUUUGCUGAUAUAUUAAACACGUAUCCACGUGUUGUGAUAUCUGGAAGGUGUUUGCAAUGUAGUCAUGCAGGAACACCACCAAAGACAUCCGCAGAGCGGUUGUUUUGGCGGUGUCGGGGGUGACACUGUAAUAGAGCUGUCAAAUCCACAAGCGGCUGUUGGCAUUACCUAAAGUGGGGGAAUUGCCAUUGGCUGUUGAGAGUAUAAUUAAGAUAAAUCUCAUGCAGCCUUGUUUACAAGUUCAAACAAUGGAAUGUGAGAUGUAAUCUACAGCUUGAUUAGGCUGAUAGAAAUCCUAACUUUGUUGAAUGAUUUUCAAUUUGAACUUCAUUAUUUCUAUGUAGCCUACACUUUCUUGUUCUGAACUUCUAACGCUGGAGUGGGAUGGGAGUGGCUUCCUGACAAUGAUCAAGAGCAGCUGCUCGACGAUUUGACAGCUCCAAUGCAGUUACACCUUGGACACCUCCAAAACAUCAGCUAUGCAGGUGUCAGCUAUCACCGGUUAAUUAACUCUUGAUGUGACUGAAUCUAGGCCUCGUAGUUUUCCUUGGUAAAUGACCACUACCUGCUCAUGCCCUAGCUAGAACAACAGAAGUAACUUGUAAAAUAAUACAAUUUGAACUACAUAUUCUUGUCAGUCGCCUCCACACAAAAAAAACUGUUGAGCACUUUGAGUUCCAGUUUGGAAGGAAGAAUGUAUAUUCAAGGGUGUAUUCUUUUCAUGUGAGUGUUCUUUUUGUACAUUUGUUCUGACAGAAAAUGUAACCACUGUAAACAAAGGAUUUUAUAUGUAUAGUGAACAACAAUAUAAACGCAACCAUUUCAAAUA